CGCUUUCUCUCACACUAUCUCUUUAAAUAAAGGCUCUGGGUCGUGCAGCGUGGUCAACAAAUGGUUAACAAUCUCAGCGAUUUCCGGAUUUGCUCACUGCCGUGUUGUUUUUGUUGUGUGAACAGAGAGGAGAGAAGAAGAGAGGGAGGGAGGGAGAGAGAGAGAGAUAGAAAGAGAGAAAGAGAGGGAGAGGGGAUAGCUGAAUCAAUUCAGCCGGGCCAGCGAGCAGGAGGGAGACAGAGAGCCCAUCACUGCACAGAAGACCGGCUACAGCAGCAAGCAGCCUCCAUUGAAACCGACAAGAGCGACUGAAUCGCCGCCCGUUUAAUGAAAUAAUAUUAUCAGAAACAGAGAGAGAGUCAGACAGCGAGAGACUCGUACACACACAGAGAGAAAGAAAUCUGACAAACGGAGUAUACAGUAUUUAUUACAUCAACCUAUUAAACAAGACGGACGCAGGGAAGAUCUGACAUAUGUAUAUGGACACAUGUACAAUUAUAACGGAUCGAUGAAAACACAAACUGUGGAGUGACUCUUGAAGGAUUGCUUUGGACCUGUGCGUUACGACGAGCUGGCGCACUACGCCGGGAUGGACGCGGUGUCCCUAGCCGGGUUCGGAGAUCCCCACGGCGGCAGGACCCUGCAGCAUCACCCGCUGAGCCAGGGGUCUCCGUACGGUCACGGCGGUCCUCACAGAGCGGGGCUGCCGCCGGGAAUGGGGGGUAACGACGUGCUCAAGAGAGAGAAAGACGAGAUCUACGGGCACCCGCUGUUUCCUUUACUUGCCCUCAUAUUUGAGAAGUGCGAGUUAGCUACCUGCUCCCCGCGGGACGGCUCCGGAUCCUUCCCCGGGGGGGACGUCUGUUCCUCGGACUCGUUCAACGAGGACAUCGCGGUCUUUGCCAAGCAGAUACGCUCAGAAAAACCGUUAUUUUCUUCGAAUCCUGAAAUUGAUAAUUUGAUGAUUCAAGCCAUACAAGUUCUCCGAUUCCACCUGCUGGAGUUAGAAAAGGUUCAUGAUCUGUGUGAUAAUUUCUGCCAUCGCUACAUCACCUGUCUGAAGGGGAAGAUGCCCAUCGAUCUGGUGAUGGACGAUCGGGACGGUGGCUCCAAAUCAGACAUGGAGGAUUUCACUGGGUCCUGCACCAGCCUGUCUGAUCAGAAUCACUCCUGGAUCAGGGACCAGGAAGAUGUCGCCUCCACUCACUCUGGCACCCCUGGGCCCUCCAGCAGCGGCCUGGCAUCCCACAGCGGAGACAACUGCAGCGAGCAGGACCCCCUGGAUCACAGCGCUGCCUCCCCCAGCACCGGAGAUGAUGACGACCUUGACAGAGACAAGAAGAGGAACAAGAAGAGAGGCAUCUUCCCCAAAGUGGCGACCAACAUCAUGAGAGCCUGGCUCUUCCAGCACCUCUCGCACCCAUACCCUUCAGAAGAGCAGAAGAAGCAGUUGGCUCAGGACACUGGCCUCACCAUCCUUCAGGUCAACAACUGGUUCAUCAAUGCCCGGCGACGCAUCGUCCAGCCCAUGAUUGACCAGUCGAACCGCUCGGGUCAGGGCACUCCCUACAGUCCUGACGGGCAGCCAAUGGGAGGCUACAUCAUGGAGGGACAGCAGCACAUGGGGAUCCGCCCACCAGGUCUACAGGGAAUGGCAUCUCUGGGUUCGGAGUACCCCGGGGGUGGAAUGGGGCUUGGCCUGGCCCAGCCCGGAUACCCCCCAGGCCCACUGGCCCCCCAUGCAGCCCCCUCGCUGCGGCACCCCCCCUCCCUGCACUCCUAUCCCCCACCACACCCCGCCAUGCUGCUGCACGGUCCCCCUGGUGCACACGGAGCCCACCAUGUGCUGUCAGCCACAAGCCCGGGGGAGCAGCUGCUGGGGGGGCAGAGCAUGGAUAUCCACGCGCACUAGAGACCCACACAGCCCUGCAAGUCCCUCUGGAGCUCCCACUGGAACUAGAGACCCACGCAGCCCUGCCUGUCUGUCUGGAGCUCCCACUGGAACUAGAGACCCACACAGCCCUGCCUGUAUCUCAGAAACUCCCACUGGAACUAGAGACCCACACAGCCCUGCCUGUCUCUCUGAAACUCCCACUGGAACUAGAGACCCACACAGCCCUGCCUGUCUCUCUGGAGCUCCCACUGGAACUAGAGACCCACACAGCCCUGCCUGUCUUUCUGGAGCUCCCAAUGGAACUAGAGACCCACACAGCCCUGCCUGCCUCUCUGGAGCUCCCACUGGAACUAGAGACCCACACAGCCCUGCCUGUCUCUCUGGAGCUCCCAAUGGAACUAGAGACCCACACAGCCCUGCCUGUCUCUCUGGAGCUCCCACUGGAACUAGAGACCCACACAGCCCUGCCUGUCUCUCUGAAACUCCCACUGGAACUAGAGAAACACACAGCCCUGCCAUCUCUCUGGAGCUCCCACUGGAACUAGAGACCCACACAGCCCAGCCAGUCCCUCUGAAACUACCACUGGAACUAGAGACCCACACAGCCCUGCCUGUCUCUCUGAAACUCCCACUGGAACUAGAGACCACCACAGCCCUGCCUGUCUCUCUGGAGCUCCCACUGGAACUAGAGACCACCACAGCCCUGCCUGUCUCUCUGACCAUCUGCAGCUACAGAUAUAAAUAGGGUGACGAGAAAACACAAUGACAUAACAAGAGCUGGAGUAACAACAGAAUAGUGAACUACUUACAGUAACUACCUAAAGACAGGACCCCACCUCAGCUAACUAACUAACUAACUAACUAACUAACUAACUAACUAACUAACUAACUAACUAGCUGCCUUGCUAAUGCCCACAAGGCAAGAUAAAAAUAAAUAAAUAACGAAAGCUUUAUUGAGCCCUGCAGUUUGCAGCCUGAGAAGCAGUGGUUCUAGAAUACGCGUGAUCCGAGCUGCUCUAGAACCCACUUGCUGUUAGAAUUGCACGUUCUAGACUGCAGUCAUAGGAGGACCUCCAGAGUCAGAGAGAGACGGAGGAACUUUAAACUCCACCAUGUGACAGCUGCUAAAGACUUUUUUUAAACUUGUAAAUGUCCUGGGGCAUGCUUCAUUUUGGUUUGGGUGCAGGUGUAGGGGGCUACUGGAUCCCCCGCCCACCUCCUCAAUGAAAGCUCCCUAAAGACUCGAACCCCUCCUGCCUCACACAGCAGCACUGCUCCAGCAGAGAAAGGCUGGCUCUUGUCUCUCAUGCUGUGGUUAACCUGGCUGGUUGGAGGAAACGACAAGAGAACCGUCGGGGGUUCUGCGGACGCCAGGGCAUGUGUGCGCUUCUUCUCUGCCUGCUUUUGUUUAUUCCCCCCUUUUGCUUGGAAGUGGGAUAAAGACUCCGCCGGGAAGCUCCCCUGCCCCAAAUACACACCUAAAGGAAGAACGAAACAGCGAAAAAGAAGGUUGGCUGGGCUCCAACCUUCACUUCUCUACUGGGCUUCAUUCACAUCCUGUAUUGAUUCCAGGUUUGCUGCAAAUACAACAGAAUAGAUUUGUUUUAAUCAGAGAGACCAAAUCUUAUACCCUGGACUCAGACACAUUGACAGGAACAGUCACCUGCCUCUUACACCCUGGACUCAGAGACAUUGACAGGCACAGUCACCCACCUCAGAGAAAUUGACAGGCAGUCACCCGCCUCUUACACCCCAGACUCAGAGACACUGACAGGCACAGUCACCCGCCUCUUACACCCUGGACUCAGAGACAUUGACAGGCACAGUCACCCGCCUCUUACACCCCAGACUCAGUGACACUGACAGGCACAGUCACCCGCCUCUUACAUCCCGGACUCAGUGACAUUGACAGGCACAGUCACCCUCCUCUUACACCCCAGACUCAGUGACAUUGACAGGCAGUCACCCGCCUCUUACACCCCAGACUCAGUGACAUUGACAGGCACAGUCACCCGCCUCUUACACCCCAGACUCAGUGACAUUGACAGGCACAGUGACCCCCCCCCACUGCGCACGGAGAGUAUCACCACUACGUCCGUUUGGAUAUGAGAGGGGGAAGCUUCUAAUAAUGAACUGAAGGAUUUACAGCAAAUUUAAGUACCAGAGACAGAGACCUGUCCGUUUUGUUUUGUUUAUAAAGAAAAAAAAGUUACAAAAAAAAAAAAAAUUAAGUUAAACUUGUAUGAUUUUUUCAUUGUUUCAUUGCUUGUAAUGUUUUCUCUGAUUUUUAUGAUAAAGAUCUCAUUUGAAGAAAAAAAAAAAACAGGAAGCUUCUGUCUGUGAGUUUUAUUCUGUUACUCUCCUCGUCCCCCAGAUCAACAUCCAUAUAAAACUGGACCACGCUGAAUCUUCCACAAUGAUUAUACUGUCAUUCAUCAGAGUCUACCUUAUAAAGAAAUCUG